CAAAAUUCUCUUAUUUCCAGGGUUGCACACAGAAGUACAUUGUGAAGAACUACUUCUACUACUACUUGUUCAAGUUUUCAGCUGCUUUGGGUGAAGAGAUUUUUUAUAUCACUUUCCUUCCAUUUACCUACUGGAAUAUAGAUCACUCCGUGUCCAGAAGAAUGAUAAUUGUUUGGUCUAUAGUGAUGUACAUAGGCCAGGUCUCCAAGGACAUCCUGAAGUGGCCUCGGCCCCUGUCACCACCUGUCGUGAAGCUGGAGAUGAGGACGAACGCAGAAUAUGGGAUGCCAUCCACCCAYGCCAUGGCAGCUACAGCCAUCUCCUUCUCCUUCUUCAUUGCAACCACGAACCAGUACAAGUACCCAUUUGAGCUCGGCCUGGUGGCAGCGUUUGUGUUUUCCACAUUGGUGUGUCUGAGCAGGCUCUACACGGGGAUGCACACAGUSCUGGAUGUGCUUGGYGGAGCACUGAUUUCGGCUGUGCUGCUCGUGCUCUUGUACCCUGCGUGGGACACCAUYGAUCACUUGCUGUUAACCAGCCCCUUCUGCCCGCUGUUUUCCAUAGCUGUGCCUCUUGUCUUAUGCUACAACUACCCCAAACUAGACUACUACAGCCCUACCAGGGGAGACACCACUACUAUCCUGGGAGCAGCAGCCGGAGCAACUGUGGGCUUUUGGUUGAACAACCAGUACGCUGCUCCAGCCUACACCAGCAAAAGUUUCCAGGCUGGAUUUCCUCAGAUCACCAGCACAGUGUUGUUUGUGCUGGCCAGGUUCUUCGUAGGGAUCUCUGUUGUCCUGCUGACACGCUGGGUGAUGAAGAGCGUGGUCCUUGGCGCGCUGGGCUAUCGGUACCAGUUCCCCCUUCRUGACCUGCAGGCCCGCAGACGCCUGGAGGUUGAGGUGCCAUACAAGUUUGUAACGUACUCCUCUGUCGGCUUCACGGCCACCGUGAUUGUGCCGCUGCUGCACGAGCUGCUGGGACUGAUGUGAGCACAGCUCCUCCUCACCGAGCCACCUGCAGCACCACUGCUUCGGAGAGAGCUCACUCCAGGCUGCUGACUCGACCAAAAAGUGUUUUGUGCCUUUCUGCACUGGUGUGGUGGGUCUGGCUCUGGCUGGAUGCCAGGUGCUCACCAAAGCUGUUCUAUCACUCCCCUSUCUCCAGGGAGAGGAAAUAUAAUGAGAGGAUCACAGCUCGAGACAAGGGCAGGGAGAGAUCACUGAGCAGGUCCAUUGUCACAGGCAAAACAGACUCGACUUGGGAAAAUCAGUUUAAUUUAUUACCACACUCAGAUCAGAGUAGGAUAAUAAGAAAWAAAAGCAAACACUAUGACCACCUUCCACCUAUCCCUCCCUUUUUUCUAGGCUCAGCUUCACUCCUGAAUUCUCUACCUCCUCCCACCCAGUAUCACAGAGGGAUAGGAAAUGGGRGUUGCAGUCACUUCAUCACACCUUGUUUGUGCUGCUCCUUCACCCUUAGGGGUAGGAYUCCUCACACUUCUCCCCUGCUCCAGUGUGAGAUCCCUCCCACAGAGGACAGCUCUGUCAAAACCUCUCCAGUGUAAAUUUUUCACAUGGGAUGUUAUUCUUUGUCCAGCSUGGGUCCCCUGAGUGAUCACAAGUCCUGCCAGGAGCCUGUUCCCUGGACUUCCCUCGGGGUUCCACCCUUCUUAAAGCAUCACCCUGCUCCAGUGUGRAGUCCUUCACUGAUGGCAGUUGGAUCUCUGCUCCCCAUGGACCUGAAGGGCUGCAGGGAAGUCUCUGCUCUGGCACCCAGAGCACCUCUUACUCCUCCUCCUCCUGUGAUCUUGGUGUCUGUAGGUUUGUUUCUCUCCCACACCUUCUCUCUCUGCCUGCAGCUGUGCAGGUUUUCCCCCUUUGUCACUCUGUUAUCCCAGAGGUGCUGCUGCUGUCACUGAUGGCCAGCAGUGAAUCUGUCUGGGAGCCAGCUGGUAUUGGCUCUGUGGGACUCGGGGGAAGCUUYGGGCACCUUCUUAGAGAACCUACCCUUGCAGCCCCACCACUAGCUUCCCUUGCCACACAAACCCUGAAAUACCUGAUCUGGAGGAGUCAUGGGAAGGGCUGUGCAUUUGGAUUAGGAAUCACUGACCCCCCUGUGUCCCAUAACGAGAGACCUUUGGCCCAGGCAGCUGAAGAUGACAAGCACAAAGAUUAAAUGCCAUCCAGAGAAACCAUGGGCUUGCUGCAGGGUUGGGGUUGCUGGGGAGCAGGGCUGUGCCUCUGCCUGCCCAGCCUAGGGCUACUGCUCAAGCAGUAGAGCAAGCCAAGGAAGGGCUCGGGUUUGGGGCACUGGGGAAAAAGCUGAUGGUGGGGUGGGGGACGAGGUGACCAGCCAAGACCGAAGUGCCAUCAUGGGGCAGAGCUCAUAGUGUCUUCUGAUGGCGCUGCCAGACCAGGUUAGUUCUGUGUGGAUGGUUUUAUUCAUUACAAUUAAAAAAAAAGCAAAAAAACCAACAAACCACCAAAGUAUAAAAGAGAAGGAAAAUUUAAAACAUUUAAUGUGAUUUGCAACAAAUUUACCUUGGAUAUUAAUAAGAAAGCCUCCACUAAAAGGUUCUUUGCCUACAACCAACUUAGCAGAGUUAUUACUACAGCACUGAGGCUUGAGUCUGAACUGUAACUCUGAUUUAGUUGCCCUGGCUAAGGGAAAGGAAAAAGUCCUUCCUGUUGUGUGGGGGUGACAAGUAGCAUCCAUAAAGUGCGUUGUGGAAGGAGCUGAGCAGUGACUCUGGUGGCUAUGGCAYCUGGCAAUGAUACGAUGCCAUCAUUUUCUGCUACUGCACAGCAUCACAACUGGUCUUCCAUGCAUCCUGCAGCACUGUGCACCUGUAGAAUAGCAGGGGAGGAGUGUCCAUAGGAAGAUCGUCCCUACAACUCAGGCUGCUUAUUUAAAACAAUGUAUAUCAGCUGUUGGACCCAUGAGCUGUUGAGAAAUACAGCAGUGAACGUGGUCUGCUUGGCUAGAAAAAUGUACWGUGCUAUUGCAGAGCUUCAAGCAUGGCCCCCGUGCCUUGCCUGGCAGAAUGUACAGUGAGCCAGCUUCCYAACCAUGUCCACUUGUCUUCCUGGCUGCAAGGAAAAUGAACCUGAACAAUGUAAAGGAGGGGCUUUGCCUUCCAGUGACUGCUUGGGUAAAAAUAAUUCCAAAACCRUAGCUGGGACUUUGUCUGAGGAGUGUGAGGUGUGCACAUGAAAAAUCUGUGCCACUUUAAAYCCAGGYUGUCAGUCUCCAGAAGAAACGCAGRCAGAAAUUUUAACCAUUUUUUGAUUUGCUCAGGCUGUGCGUAAGCUGUAUUUUAUCAGGUUGUGUGGACUUCACACGUGCAUGCAAACAGCUCCAGCGAGCCUUUCAGCAGAGCACAAGCCCAGUCCUUCCUCCCCCUGGGGGAGUGCUGGACGUGGGCCACCACAGCCAUGGGGUUCCAUCCUCAGCCUCUCUUCCUCCUGUACACCACAGAAGUGCUGCCACCAGGUUUAAAACACCUUUAAACCCCUCGUGUUGAGAGUGCUGCAUGACACACAGGUGCAGUGCACAAUUGGAGCCCUGCAGAGGAGCCACAUCACAAAAUUGGGUAAAAACUUGGCAGCAAACUGAGCGUUUAAGCUGGGGAUUGGAAUUACUCCCAAGACAGGCACAGUUUGACAGGGACAUUCAUGCAGCUUUAUGUGUAAAAUUUCUGUUCUGAUUCACAGCUAUUUUCUGCYAUGAAGAUUUUAUAAAUUAUAUAGAGAUGCUGCACAGGUAUUUUUAUAGUAUUCACCUGCAUGUGAAUMAUGCAAUAAAUGCAAAUUGUGUUUGGUUCAAAUUUUAAAAUAAACUUAUUUUGCAGA